AAACAGACAAAUCAGAGAGUAAGUGCGGCUCAGCUAAGGACUCCACGAAUGCUCAUCCAGCUGGCUUAAGGUUGUCCUCACUCACUCGGCUGUGAACGAGCGUCUGGGCAAAAUGGAUUUCGUUUUGGUCCAGCGGCCACCGAGCAGGGGCAGCGGCAGCUCUGUAGAUCACUCCAUUUGGAUUAUUUCAGAAAGCGCUGCUGUUGUGACGUAUGGGAAUGACAGCUUGCAGAAAGGAAGAUGAACCUUGCUUCCCUGGAGGACUCGAUCCAGAACCUGCUGUCGGUGCUGUACCCGCCCUUCGAGGCCACCGCCCCGACUCUUCUCAGCCAGCUCUUCCGAAUCAUUGAUAGCCGUUAUCGGGGAGAUGCCCUGCGCUGCCUGCUGGACUUUCUGGUCCCAGCCAAGCACAUUUUAGACACCGUGCAGCAGGCUGCAUGUGCUCAGUACUCCGAUGUACUUUUCCUGUGUGAGGGCUGGCCUCUCUGUUUGCAUGACCAAGUUGUCGUACACCUCGCUCCCAUUAGCCCCCUGCUGCUUCAGCCGGGUGACUUUUACCUCCAGGUGGCACCGUUCUGUGACCAAUCAGCUCGCAUUGUGGUCUGCAGCCUCCUGGAAGAGGAGGGGCUUCGAGUUGAGGUAGUCGAGGAGACCCCAAUCCCUGAGACUUCCUAUCCUUGUAUAUUCAGCUUUGACUGGUUAGAGGAGAUCAACCAGGGUCGCCAUGGAACGCCUCUCACCCAAUGCCUGCUCGCCACCGAACAGGGCGUGGUGAGGCUGCCAUGGGAACGGGUUGCCGUGCCUGAUUUUGUGGAUGUGCCAGCGUGUGCUAGGAGUAGCAUGGCCUCUGCUCCACCUUCAUAUCCUCCUUUACGACCUCCACUUCCUCAUCCUCCACCUCCUCCUCAUUUUCCUGAAAACUCCUCAUCAAAUUGUUCAUUUCCUCUUUCUCCUUCUAAGGAAUCUGCACCAAAACAGUAUCCUGUGACCAUUAAAAAUUCAAUUGUAGCAUCGUCUGCCCACCCUGCCUUCUCUGUGGAGACCAGAAUAUGUCCAGCAAAGCACGGCAUCGCUGUAUCACUCUGCCUGGUGGAUACUAGGGCUGCUUCUUCAUCUAGGCUGGUCAAAGUGAAAGAGACUGACGCAGAGCCUAAGCCUAUUGGCUGGGUGUCCCCUAAUAUGUGGGACAGCUGCUUUCCUGGGGCAGAUACAGCUACAAAAACAAGCACUGUUUCAGGUACAAGUGUAGAUACAUAUGCAUGCAAAGGGGAAGACAAGAGUGUUGCUGUUUCUGAAAAUAUAGGGCAAGAUAAAGAUACAAACCUUAAAGAGAUAAGCAGGGUUGGGCCAGCAGACCACGCUGUUGCAGAAGGGGAAUAUAUUGAUAUUCUGCAGGCAACCAUGCUUUUUGGUAGACCUCAGUCAGUAACUGAAAAAGAACACAAAUUAGAAGUGCAAAUGCAACCACACACACAAAUCGAACCACAUAUGCAAAGAUAUCCACACAGACCAGCACAAAUGCAACCACAUGUACAGCUGGAGUCGUACAGGCAAACUCAAAGACAGGCAAACACACAGAUACCACCUCAAGCACAGUCACAAGCACAUGUGCAGUUACCUGCACAACCACAAAUGCAAAGUCAUUCUAGAUCAGAGGCUGCUGUAUCAUUAAGGCCCAACAUGUCUGCAGAAAUGGGACCUCCGUCCACCAUCCACCAUUCCCAGUCCCAUCACCCUCACCCGGACUCGCUCGAACCUUCCCAGUGCAUCCGCACUGUCCGGUUCUCAGAGAAACCCUGUACCCCGUGCAUGAAGAGAAGACAAGGCGGGAAGGUCUCCAGAGCUCAGGAGCUGAGGUGUCGAUACAGGGACUCCUAUCAGGCUGCUAUACAAAACCCUGUCACCUUUGGACAGGAGAAAGAGAGGGGGAACAUGCUAGCUGUGGUGGAGGAGGAUGGUGAUUUCCCACAGUGUGAUGACAGACUACCAGAGACUGAAACAGGGGAUCCAUGGUGUCAUGCCCAAGAAGUGUGGUUUGAUCCUGGUCGUCCUUCCUCUGUCAGUGGAGCCAUCUGUAAGGAGUCAGGAGAAAAGAACACGGUUCCAUAUUGGAAACUAGGUGAUACAAACACUGCCCCGUGUAUGGAUUACCGGGGAGCCAGUGCUUUACAAAGUGGUGGGCUACCAGAUCAGACAACCGAAAAGACCACUCUGCCAUUUAGGGAACCAAGGGAUGCACACUCUGUCAAAACUUGUGGCAGUUUACACAACGGGACAACUUCCAGUGUAAAUGCUAAUAGAGCUUUGUCAAGCCUAAAUGACCCUAAACAGUCAAAUGUGAUCUCUGCCAAACACCACGGAUUACCGUUUGCUUCAGGUGAAAUUUCAGCGAUGAACGUGGCCCUCAAGCCUCAUGAAAGGCUACAAAGCAGAACCAUUUCCACAGGAGUGAGUCCACACUCUGCUAAGUCUGUUUCAGUGCCACAGAGCAGACAGGAAUCAAUGUCAGAUGGAAGAUGCUCAUCUCUCUCCACAGCUGUGGUGGACACCUCUGAGAAGUGUGAGCUGGUCAUUGUUGAAGGUCAGAAUGUUAGAAGAAGAGAAAAUACGGUCUCCUGUGCAGAGAUUCCUCAGCUGCAUGUGGUCAAAUGUAAAAACAGCACGGCCUUUCGUCUGGUUUCACCCAAGAUCAACAGGAGGAAGAUGGUCAUUCCAGAUGGAGCUCAGCCUGGCAGUACAUCUAUAACCAGUAGAAAUGGCCUUCAGAUAGAGAACCCGUCUCACCUCACAAAUGCACCUCCGGCAGCAGAGCCACAGAGGAGCUCCCAGCCUGCCACUGCUCGUCCCAGGCCUGACCACCUUCCCCUGGGAUCCCCAGACCCCAGAGCCCACCCCCUCUAUUUAGGAGUAGCAUCUCUCACAGGUGGCAGAGACAGGACAGGCAGGGCAAUAAUUGAGCUCUAUGGAGACCACCAGGGAUGGACUUCAACUGUAACAAGCCAGGAGCUCUUCAGGAUGCUGCUCUACUUCCACUCCAUCACCAGGAGAGAAGUCAGAGAAGCUGGGCUGAUGCUCAUUUUUCAUGCAAAGAAGACAAAUCCUCAGCCGCAGCUCUAUAAGGCCUUGAUGGCAUUUCAGGAGCAGAUUCCCCAGGCGGUAAACAGUUUCGUGCUGCUGGUGGACAAGGAGAGCAGCCUUCGGCCAGAGAGGUGUCCCGGCAUCCAGACUGAAGUGGUGACAUCAAUGAAAGCCUUGGUCAAGCUGGUGGAGGUGAGUCAGCUGAGCUCCCGUCUGGAUGGCACACUGUCUCACAGCCACUGUGACUGGAUGGAGCUUCACCAGAAACUCUUCCCGUUUGUGUGCGAUCUUCAUGAAGCGUCCAGCCUCCUUCUGAGGGCCAUCAGUAAGUUAGAGGAGCCCCAGAGGCGCGACACCGUGCAGACUGUGCAGCAGUGCAUGACAGACCAGAGGACUCUGAUGAGGGAUGUACUGGAGGACAGCCGAUUGGUCGGCCUGCAGAGGGAGGGUGGGGCCAUCCUGGCGAGGCUGAGGAAGGAGAGUGACCUCAAAUACCCCCACUGUGAGGACCUCAGUGAUGCAGUGGACUCGGUGACCAGCCUAUACAACCACGUGGAGGAGCAGGCUCACGUCCUCGUGCAGAGGUCCAACGUGUCACUGGAACACCUAGAGUAUCUGCUGCAACUCAGAGAGAUGGAGGGACACUUCAUGCAGAUGCAACAGUGGUUUAAUGUAGAGGGAGAGCGCCACCUGCUGGAGGCUGAAUCAGUCGAGGACUCUGGAGACAGAAUGGAGCAGAUCCUGAACAGCUUCACCGGUUUCCUUAUUGAAGCUAAUGACCGAAGGCACCAUGCCAUGACAUUAGUGUCAGAGGCAGAGCGACUCCAGCAAAGUGGGCUUUCCCACCCAGAGACGGAGGCGUUCGGGACUCUCGUCUGCACCUUCAAGUCAGGCCUGGAGGACUUUCUGUGCAGGGCGGAGGCGUGCGGCAGGGAGCUGCAGAUCAUGGUCAACGUGUGUGAUUUUUGUGAGCAGGCUACAGCUCUGGCCUGCGAAUGCACUGAGUACCUGGACCAGUGUCAGUCCAGCAUCCACACAAUGCAAGACCAUGACCACACUACAACACCUGUCAAUCAAACAAACAGUCAGCCAAUGCAACCCCAAAACCAAGAGUCUGAUACCCGCGCAGCACAUGACUCAGGUCCAACCACCAGCAGUGUUUCGCUGUCCGGCAAUGACAGCUCCGUCCUCCAGGCUUUCCAAGACAGAUUCCUCCAGUUCAGCCCAGAGAGAUUUCAGGAGGUGAAGGCCCAGGCCAGUGCACUGCGGGGCUCCAGAGGGAUGCGGGUCUGGAACAUGGCCUGGCUGAGGUGUCAAGAGGCCAGGCAGCAGCUUCAGGAGAGGAUGCAGGACAUGGAUGAGGUUUUCCACCAACAACCAGACUCUGGCAGCUGGUGUGGACGUCAUUAUGUUGACGUGGUGAGCACUAAUGUUCAGACACCGUCCCCCGGUGGCCAAAGUCUGGUGGUACAAUCAACACCAGGACCUCGGCACCCACAGUGGGAGGGCAUCAUGUCAGGAGAGGUGGAUUUGGGGAAGAGAAGGCCGGUCCUGGGCAGCAACAGCGCUAAUUCAACCACUGCAGGGUGCACUAACAUCACUGUCAGACCUGAGGAUAGCAGCAAUGCUGGAACCAGCCAGGGGUCAAAGGUCUCUCCACAGUCACCUCUCAGGUCAGCGAGGGGAACAGAAAAGGAGACGAGGAGGAGGCAGGCAUGCAGGGCGAGGAGUGAGAGAGAUGCUGCUGCUCUGUCUCAGUCCCACACCGUCGGCUGCCAAUGGUUUCCAUGGGGACGUGGUCUUGGAGUGAGGUCGGCGAGCCAGGACUCGUGCGCCACAGGAGCGGCGACGGCGGGGUCGUCCACUCCUCCGGAGCAGCGGGUCCGACCCCCCUCAUCCUGCUCUCACCACGGUCAGCCGUCUUGUCGGAUCCUCCAGGAGGCUCAAAAGUUCCAGAUAUCGCGCCACGGCAGCUUCUGCUCAGAAGACUCCUGUAUGAGCGAGCAGGGGGCUGCAGGGGGUAAUGGGCCUUUAAGCUGCAAACACUCCAGCCUGCCCAGCAGGAGAUAUGAGGCGGGGCGUUGUUUGGCAAGUCCACCGGAGAGUGCCAGCAAUGCCCUGAGGCUGCAGCGUGUCCUGGAGGAGCUGGUGUUCACAGAGAGGGAGUACGUCCGCUCACUGGGCUACAUCCUGACCCACUACCUCCCCCUGCUGGACAGAGCGGACAUCCCCCAGGACCUCAGGGGCAAGCGAGGUGUCAUCUUCGGCAACCUGGAGAAGCUGUACGACUUCCACAGCCACUACUUCCUGCCAGAGCUGGAGGCCUGCGAGAGGGAGCCGGCCAUGGUGGCCCGCUGCUUCCUCAGACAUAGUGACAGUUUCGGUCUGUACGCUCUGUACAGCAAGAACAAACCUCAGUCAGACGCCCUGAUACUACACCGUCGCCAUGACCUCUUCAAGAGGAAGCAACAGGAGCUGGGAGACAUGAUGGACCUUUCAUCCUACCUGCUGAGGCCCAUCCAGAGGAUCAGCAAGUACAGCCUCCUGCUGCAGGACAUGCUGGCUCUGGCUGGCUCGUACAGGCCAAAAGACAUGGUCCAGGACACACUGCUCGCGUCUAGUGUGUGCGUACAAAGUGUGUGUGGCCCGGGUGCGUAUGUGCCCGAUCUGACAAGCAGUGAGAGGGAGCGGGAGAGGGCUGAGAUCCAAGCUGCUGCAGACCUGGUUCGGUUUCAGAUGCGCCACGGCAACGAUUUACUCACCAUGGAUGCCAUCCAGGAGUGUGAUGUGAAUUUAAAAGAGCAGGGCCAGCUGAUUCGUCAGGAUGAGUUCACAGUUUUCUUCAGGAAGAAGAAAUGUGUUCGCCGCAUCUUUCUCUUUGAAGACCUCAUCCUCUUCAGCAAGACCAAGAGGACAGAUAUUGGCAAUGAUGUUUAUGUCUACAAGCAGUCAUUCAAGACGAGCGACAUCGGGAUGACCCACAACUCAAGCGUGAGCGGUUCGUGUUUUGAGAUCUGGUUCCGCAGGAGAAAAAGCGAGGACACCUACACCCUGAAGGCCUCCAGCAUGGAGGUGAAGAAAGCCUGGACCACCGACCUGGAGAGGAUUCUGUGGGAUCAGGCCGCUCACAGUAGAGACCUGCGCAUGCAGGAGAGGGUGUUCAUGGGAAUGGGCCGCAAACCUUUCAUGGACAUUCAACCCAGUGAUGCUGCUAUCUGUGACCGCGCCAUCAGCUGUGUCCUGCCUGGGAGAAUCCCUGUGGCGUGUUGUUCACACAGGGGCUUAGAAUAUCCACGACCACACUCCAUCGGAUCUGGCAGCACCGCCUCCACCACCCUCAGCCAAUCAUCUUCCUCCUCCGGGCGAGGCUCGCUGCCCCCUGCUGGUUAUCUCGGGAACCAGUCGCAGGGGGUUGAGACCAGUCCCGCCAUCUGCUCCUCCCCUGAGGCCGUCGCUGAAAACGAACUCAACAAUCAUCAUCUUCAUCAGCAUCAUCUUCAUCGGCGUUGUGAACAGUGGAAAACUCAUCAUCCUUUGAUGGACAGCACUGAAUCAUCUGCAGAGUGCAUCAACCUCUUCAGCAGCUCAGACCGCAGCUGCCUGUCUGCCAUUGGUGGAGAGGUGGUGGAUGACUCCUCCUCGUUUGUAUCCCAGAGUUCAAAGCCCCGCCCACCACUUUGUCGGACCCCCAGCCUGAGGAGAAACAGCCCUCCAGCGGUUACCAGAAAGAAACCAGGUGUCGCCCCCAAACCUCCACAUCUGGCUAAUGCUCAGGGUGAUGACAUUAUAAUCGGAAAAUCAACAGAAGUUUAACUCUGGAUUCCCUGCAUAAGAUAUUGUUGCAGAUCAUCAAUCCACUGAAGCUGAUCUUCUGGUCGCACUGCUGAUGGACGGCAUUGAGUUCAAACAGGUGUUUUGUGUGGCUACAAAGUCACAAGAUCUUGUUUUGAAUGAUUUAUUGAAGAAAUUGAGUGGCUGUCUUAUAUCACAUAUAGACUGAAAACACCCAUGUGAGAAAGAAGAAGAGACUGCGGCAUGGGUGAUGUAGUUUAGUCAGACACACAGAAUAAGUGUCUUUGUCCUCAAUAUGUGGGUUGGUCCUUUGCCCCAGCAGAAUCUCAUCAUCAUCCUCAAACAUGUUUUCAUUUUAUUAUAACACAAAGCAUCAGCUACUGCAGCCACAAUAUAUUAAAAGCUUAAUGAAGCAGCUCAAAAUGGGAAUGGGUAUGCACCUACCGCUACAUAAAAUCACCAACAAUUCAUGAGAAAACAGCGCAUCCUCUCUUAAAAGAACCUGUUUUUUGUGAUUGUACUCAGUAAACUGUGCCUUUAUGUUACAUGUCCACAGACUGUACUGUUAAUUGGAGUAAAACAUGUUCUUUGCUUGUACAUUUAGUAAUAAGUAGCAGAUAUGUGUGCCAUCUGCAAGAACACAGAAGGAUAUGUGUUAUGGUAUGUGUGUUUUAGAUAUAUUUUGUAGGAUCUUCUGUUCUGUACAGUCUGUACAAUUAUUGAUAUGCAGGGAUCAAACAGGAAAAGGGCGUAUUUAUUGUCGUCACUGAAAAAACAGCUUGUGUGGGCCGAACAUGUAGGACCAGCGUCUGUAUUUGUGUGCAUGCGAGCAAAGUGAGCUCUGUGUUUCAUGCUCCUUUUCCCGUGCGAGCAGACAAAGCAUUGCUUUAAACUGUGUAUCAUUAUUCUCUUGACAGCUCUGGACUUCAUUGUUUUGGUUACAAGAGCACAAGAUGCAGUUCAGAGCUCCAGAGCUGUCCUCUGGCCAUGAGCCCAGACCCAACUGAUGACCAUAAAUAGAGAAACGUGUGGAUACGUGUGCAGAUAUGGAAAAUUGAACUCAUUUGAUGGUGUAGUGAUGAACAUAUAGUAAUUAGUAUGUAAUGGUAUUUCUUUUUCUCCUACGUUUUAAGGGUUUCCUAUUUAUUUCUUUUGAGCCAUUUUUAUACUACUGCGUCCAAACAUUUGUUUUUAUCUGCCUAGUUCUUGUUCCUGCCUGGUUGUCCUGUAUUUAAUAAUUUAUCAGAGGGGACAGACCACUUUGUGUUUUCACUUCCAGGAUUUGAAUAACUCUGUAACUUGUGCAUUCAAGAAGAUCUUGAAAAGGCUGGAUUGGCUAUAUAAUCGCACCCACACUAGCAGACACAGUAUAUGACUACAAGUUUAUAGGCAAAAACCACUUACUGUUAUUUAGGGUCCACUCAUGUUUCCAUACUGAUCCAUGUUCCAGCUUCACUCUCAUGAAAAUGACCAUUACAGAAAAGUAUUUUUCACAUUAUUUAAAUGCUUUUUUUAAAGCUUUUUUUUUUUUUUUUUUUUGCUUUCUUCAGUUUUUUUCAUUCUUUUGUAUGUUAUGUGACUUUAUUGUCUGCGUGAAAUAUAUAGUAUCCAAAUCUUGACAGGAUGUUGAAAAAGUGAGGUCAUAAUGUCGACCUCUGAUUGUUUCAUUUUAAAGCCACUGACUGUUUAUGGCAGAUCAACGCUCUUUCUGCUUUCUGUCACUUUUUUAUUGCUUACUUUCUUUCAAGCCUUUCUUUUGUGAAUUUGUUAAUUUGUUUGUUGGGGUCAGUGCCGUUAUUGUUUAGUUUCUUUCUUACUUCUUCUGUUUUAUUUUUCAUGGAGAAACGUUUGGCUUUAUCUUGUGAAGUUUCUUCCCUUCAAACCCUCAGGGUUCCAGACCAGAGCAGACAGAUUGCAGUAACACUGAGGAAGUGGCACCAGACUGUGAUGAUGCUUCACUUCCUCAAUCUACAGAUGCAAUAGUUCCACAGGAUGUUUUCAUUGCCCUGGUGCAGCUAGCACAACUGCACUACAAGUUUCUUUUUCAGUUCUGCAAAGACAAAAUUGCAGUUUCAUGACCUAUUUACAACUUCCUCCAAUAACUUAAAAAAUGCAAAGUGAAAUUCUCAUCGUGCUGACCUGAAAAAAUGUGUGAAAAAGUAUUUUACUGCCUUGCAAAAGAAAAAACUGCUAAGCUGCAUAAAAACUUUAACUGUAUGAUGUGUAAUUUCCUAUAAUUUAUCAAUUUUUGAUUCAUUUUGAAUUAUUUCAUUUUCUUAAUGUUGAAUCAUGCAUUAAUAUACAGAAUGUUGC